GGAGGCAUCUGCAGAGCCCUCGCUGGCUCACCCACCCACUGAGAUGGAGUGGGCUCCGAAACUGCUGGUUUUCUGUGCACUAUGCCUUUCCUUUGCAUUAGAUGCCACCGCUGAAACCAAAGAGCAAAGCAAAAGCGCAAAAGGCAAAAAGAGAGGACCCACUAAGGUCAAGAUCCAGCGUCUGAGGGCUCAGGAAUCCUCACCAGAUCCCGUGCUGCGGGUGAAUCCAGGGGCUUCAACAGACUAUACCUUAGUGGAGGAUUAUGAGCAGAGCAUCCAUGAGAUGGUUAAGCAGCUGAAGAACAUCUCUGAGCCCCAGGACAGCAAGUGUCAGGUCAACCUGAGACUCUGGAUGUCCAACAAGAGGAGUUUGUCUCCUUGGGCCUACAGGAUAAACCACGAUGCCACACGAAUCCCAGUCGACAUCCCAGAGGCACUCUGCCUCUGUGCAGGAUGCAUUAAUCCUUUCACCAUGCAGGAAGACCGCUCCCUGGUCAGUAUUCCUAUCUACAGCAAAAUCCCAGUGCGCCGUCUGCUCUGUGAUCCAAGCAAAACUCGUAGGAAGAAGAAAAAGUGUCACAAAGAGUACAAAAUGGUCAUGGAGACUGUUGCUGUAGGUUGCACUUGCAUCUUCUGAGGACAUGUGACGGGCAGAUCCUCUUCCAUCCUUGCAGCAGGCCCCUGGUCUUGGCUACCUAGUCUCCUCCUCCUCUUGCCCACUGGUUAGCUAAGGUCCCUUCCUCUAAGUUCCUUGCUCCUUUUCCUGCCACAACGGGGCAAGGUGGGCGUGCAUGCACAUGUGCAUUUUUCAGAAGUCAGAACUGCUUUGGUCAGGACCUUUCUCUCCUAUCACCCUCUGACAGGCUUGCACUGCCUCGUACACACUGCAAGCCACAAUCACUUAGGAACAUGGCGUAUUAAGGAAUUUUACUACCCCAGUCCUAGUGCUUCUGGGUCUAUACUAAGAGAGACCUAUGCAAUUGCCUGUUUUACCUACAACAGCUAAUGAUAUGAAUCCACAGCCAUGCUUACUUCCUACUUCCAGCUGCUUUCUCUGACUGGCACACUCGCAUGCUCAGAUGUUUAGCAUGCUGGAGAGGCAGGAAGAAGGGCCUGCAUAAGUGCAGAGAGCUUAGAUGUAUGGCUGGGGCUGGCUGGUGUUUUGGCCUUUCUGAAGAUCAUCGUUUUCGCUGCUGACCACUUGGCUUACAAGCUGCUUUUAUUAUGGAUUCUGGAGGCCUUAGUCAACUGUGACACAACCUAGGCCAGGAUGGCAUCAAGAUUCCAAGACGCCUUUUAUGUCAUUCCUCUUCUUGGAUAGCAUUACUGAGACAGAGAAAAUAAAACUCUUCUGUAGGAA